ACUUUGGUCACUGCUUCCGGGUCUCUACUCAACACGCGUGCGGCCAAAACACAGCGACUCUCGUGAACACAGAGACCCGGACAAGUGAUUAAAGUUCGGCUCGGUUCUGCGGAGACACACGGAGCCAUGGCGCCGACUCGGUCGAAGAAGCGCCGGCCGACGUUCCGCCGUCUGCUGAAGACGAGCGGCAUGAAGCUGGAGAACAAACUGAAGAACCGGCAGCUGAAGCAGCAGAACGUCGCCAAGAAGCAGCGCAAAGAGCAGAAGAGGCUGCGACAGGCGGUGAAGGGUGCCGUAGCCGACAUGCCCCGCCCCCUGGAGACGUACUGCAGCCGACCAGGUGAGGAGGAGGAGGAGGAGGAGUUUCUGGAGUCGCUGCCCACUGACAUGAUGGAGGACGAUGACCUGCAGCAGUUGACCUCACUGGCCCAGCGAGCCUCCUUCAUCACCAGAGACCUGUCGUCAUGCGGGCCGGUGCACAGCGGGAAGAGGCGCAGCUCAGAGGUGGUUCGCGGCUACGAGAAGGUUCCCAGAAAGAUGGUGAGAACAGAGGAGAAGGAGGUGAUCCACCUGCUGCCGAUCAAAGACAAGACAGGACUGAUCCCACAGAGCAUCGAGAGAGUUGUAGAAACGAAGCCGGAAGAAGACGAAGAAGACGAAGCAGCAGCCGAACCGGACGAGUCAGACAACGAGAUGGCGCUGCAGAGUUCGGUGCAGCUGACUCCGGCUCAGAGAGAGCGGCUCAGAGCGGAGAAGAUAAACCAGAAGAAGAUGACCAUCGGCAGCCUGGGAUCGGCCAUCGUGUCCGACCCCAUCAGCAGUGUGAAGCGGCUGAAGGAGCUGCGGGGGAUGCUGAUGGAGGCCGACCCUAGUGUGGCCGUGACCAUCAGGAAACUGGUGAUGGUUUCUCUGAUGGAGAUCUUCAAAGACAUCGUUCCCUCCUACAGGAUCCGACCACUGACCGCCGAAGAGAAAACCACCAAGGUGAAGAAGGAAACCCGGCAGCUGCGGGAGUUUGAGGAAGGUUUGGUGAGUCAGUACAAGUUCUACCUGGAGGACCUGGAGCAGACUAUCAAAGACUGGAAGCAGAAGAAGAAGAAGCGCAGCCAGGCGGUGGGCUUCCAGUCGUACCAAGGCCUCGCCGAAGUCGCCAUCCGCUGCCUGUGUGAGCUGCUGCUCGCUCUGCCGCACUUCAACUUCCACAACAACAUCAUCGUGGUGCUGGUACCACUGAUGAACGACCCGGUCCGGAAGAGACACACACACUGCUGUGUAGUAACUUGUUGUUGUUUCAGCUUCGCUCACCUCAUUAACUUGGAAUUCUUUGACGACCUGCUCAACGUGCUGCAGAACCUCAUCCAAUCAGGAGAUCUGACCAAUCAGGAGAGUCUCCACUGCAUCCAGACCGUCUUCACCAUCCUGUCAGGUCAAGGGGACGUCCUGAACAUCGACCCUCUGAACUUCUACUCACAGCUGUACCAGAUGUUGCCCCACCUCCACGCAGGGGCGCCUAAUGAUGAUGUCGCCAUCCUGCUGCGGUGCCUGGACGCCAUGCUGACUCGCCGCAGGAAGCAGGUGACGCUGCAGAGGGCCAUGGCGUUCGUCAAGCGACUGAGCAUGCUCAGUCUGCACGUUCUGCCCAACGCCAGCGUGGGGAUCCUCGCCGCCAACAGGGCCGCCAUGCAUUCCUUCCCAAAGUGCGACUUCCUGCUGGACAACGAGGUUCAGGGCAGCGGCUUCUACCUGCCGGAGCUCGACCAACCAGAGCACUGCAACGCUCAGAACACGGCGCUGUGGGAGCUGCACACGCUGCAGAGACACUACCACCCGGUUGUGCGUCGCUUCGCGGUCCACCUGAGUCUCGGAGCUCCCAGCGACGGUUCCGCGGCGCUCAGUGUGGAUCUGAGCCGCAGGUCUCCGGUGGAACUGUUCCACGACUACAGCGUCAGAGACAUGACCUUUAACCCCCCUGUAGCUCCGCCCGCCUCCAAGAAGAAGGACCACUUCCUGGUGGGGACGUCGCUGCUGGACGCUGAGCUGCAGAGACGAGUGGACGACGUCCUGAACACCACCGAGGACACACAACUGGACUUCACUGCAACACGACCACACAGAACCAGCCAGCAGUGACACCAACACAGCUUCAUGUUGGUUCUGAACUCUGCUCUCUUGUGUGGAUGGUUUCUGGUUCUUUCUGGUCACAGAAUGUUUUUUAUUCCUUGCAGUUGUUUUCGGUGUUUUCGUGUUCAGGUUCUGUUCAUUAACGGAACUCGGGUUCAGUAGAACCCGGUGACAAUAAAAAGAUCCUGGAUAUGUGAAA